AUGAGUUCUACACUGCGUUUACUCGCCCUUUUGUGUGUCAUUGUGUUAGUGCGAGCGCAACAACAGAAUGUUGAUCCCGCUUACCUGCGUCAAUACUAUCAGCAAUUGCAACAGCAACAACAUCAGCAACAAAGCGGCGAUGCUACGCCAAUUUACGAACAAAAUUCCGAGCAAUCACAACAGUACGUGGGACAAGGACAACAGGUCCAGUAUCGCCUGAAGGAUACCGUGCGCGAACAGAUACAGGCACAGCAACAGCAACAACACCAGUCUGGCGGUUAUGUAGCGCCUUCGGUGCGCGAUUAUCAGCCGCAACAGGUGCAAUACCAGCCGCAGCAGUAUCGUCCACAGCCACAAGCCGUUAGUCCACCACGUCACUCGCAGCCUCAGUACCAGCCACAGAAGGCUAAAUUGCAGGCACAACGUCCACAACAACAACCCGAGGAGGAGGAAUACGAUGAUCAAAACUCUUCCUACCAAUUCGGUUUCGACGUUAAAGACGAUGAAUUCACCAACUAUCAAAAUCGCAAGGAGAUACGCGACGGUUCGGUGAUCAAAGGCAGCUAUUCGGUGGUCGAUUCGGAUGGUUUCAUACGUACCGUUAAAUACACAGCCGAUCCUAAAGAAGGUUUCAAGGCCGAAGUUAUUCGUGAACCCACCGAUAUUGUUGUGAAGAUACCCACGCCUGCCCCACAACCAUUGGUGCGUCAAACUCACAAAUCGCAAGAUUAUGCGCUGAAACCAUCGCAGCAAUAUCAUCAGCAACAGCCACAGUACCAUCAGCAAUACCAGCAGUAGAUGUACUUAAGCGUGCCGCUGUGUGAGUUAAGCGUAGCUCAUGGAUAGAGUCGAUUUUUGGUAGUCCACUUUGACUUACUAUAUUGUGGU